AUGCAGCUCAAUAGCCGUCUUUUGCUGGGCGGUCUGGUCGCCUUCCACCACGUGGCGGCCCAGACCGUUGUCGUCGAUGGCGAGACAGUCGGUGCGUACCUUUUGAUGCAAAUACUAAUCUUUCUUGCAGAAGCUAAUGAGGACAAUGUUUGUGAGGCGGGCGAGGUUGUCAAGGGUGAUUAUCUACUCGAGGAGAAGACCCAAUUAACGGAUGUCGUUCUGUCAAAAUUCACUGAGCUCAAGCUCACUGAUGUCUCCCUCUUCGCCUUUUCUGAUGGUUCUGAGGCUCCUUCUCAGAAGUGCAAGACCUUUCCCGGUGAGGAGCAAUGGCCGGGCGAUGUCAGCUGGCGUGUUCUGGAUCUCGUUACUCGAGGUGCUGUUAUCAGGAAUGUUCCCAUUGCGGCGCCAUGCUACAAAGACUAUGUCGUCUACGACAAGGAUCGAUGCAGUGAGGUUAUCGAGCAAUGGGGAAACUCGUCUCUUCACAUAAGAGACCCGACCUCCGUCAUGUCUCCUUUGUAUGAAGGUCUAACAUGCCCGCCCAGUGAAGACCCUAGCGGCAAAUGCACCCUUGGAGGUUACCCGGUUUACUCAGUUGACGCUCACAGCGUCGCUCACAUUCAGCUGGCCGUCAACUUUGCUCGUUCCAAUGACAUUCGAUUGGUCAUCAAGAACACGGGUCACGACUUUAACGGCCGCUCUGCUGGUGCUGGCGCUCUUUCGAUCUGGACUCAUCGCUUCAAGACUAUUGAGUUUCUUGAAGAGCGCAAGACCUCAUCGUACUGUGGUCCAGCCUUGAAGGUCGGUGCCGGAGUGGUUGGUGCUGAGCUAUAUGAAGCUGCUGAGAAGUACGGUGUUACUGCCGUGGGAGGCGAGGGCCUUAGUGUCGGCUAUGCCGGUGGGUAUCUGGCUGGUGGUGGGCAUUCGCCAAUGUCAUCUCUCUACGGUAUGGGUGCGGAUCAGGUCCUUAGUAUCGAAGUUGUCACUGCGGAUGGCCGCUUCAUAACCGCCAAUGAGGAACAAAACACCGAUCUCUUUUGGGCUCUCAGAGGCGGCGGCGGCAGCACUUAUGGUGUUGUCACUUCCUAUACAGUUAAGGUGUAUCCGAAGAUUAAGGCUGCCGUUAUGUCAUUCAACUUUAGUAGCGCUGAUACCUCCUAUGACACUUUCUGGCUUGCUGUUCGAGCUUACUGGGAACUCAUCCCGGCUUUCAACGACGCCGGUAACUACGAGUACUGGAACAUUUGGCAUACCGACCCCGAAACUCUGGCUUUUAACAUGGUUCCCUGGUUUGCGCCGGGCAUGACUCUGGUGGAGUUGAAGGCUCUGACCAAGCCUCUCUUCGAUAAGUGGGACGAGCUAGGUAUCAAGUUUGAAGUCACCGAGUCGGAGCAUGACAGUUACUAUCCUGCUUGGAAGGCUGGCUUUCCUCGUGAGGUCAUUGGAGGAGCUGCUUCUAAGACGGCCGGGCGUCUUUUCCCCAGGGAAAACUUGGUAGAAAAGUUCGACGCGACUUUUGAAGCCCUGAAGAGAGUGUGCGACAAGGGUGGACAGAUUAUCGGCUUCGGCAUCACUGGUGGUCCCGGACCCUAUCCCGAUAACGCUGUCAACCCUGCCUGGCGAGGUUCUGCCAUGUGGGCGAUUGCCGUCAUCAACUGGCCCGAGGACAGCUCUAGAGAGUUUGCUGCCCAAGAGAGCAAGAAGCUGACAGAGGACUGGAUGAAGCAUUGGCGAGAGGUUUCCCCUGGUAGUGGUGCGUACGCAUCAGAGGCGGACGUGACAGAACCCGAUUUCCACCAGUCCUUUUACGGAACUGAGAAAUAUGAGAGACUUCUUGGUAUCAAGGACAAAGUUGAUCCAACUGGUCUUUUUUACGCUCACGAGGGUGUUGGCAGUGAUCGUUGGUAUGUCACUGGUCAACUCGACGGACUUCCGACGCAGAAUGGGCAGCUUUGCAGGGUUUGA